AACUCCGUAAUUCUGUGUACCACAGCACAACGACUAAAGUGGAGCGCAUCUUGGCUCCAUGCCAAGCAGUAGCAGUGACACAUUUUGCAUUUAUAUUUAUCAUUUAUAUACAAAGUCCAACGCCAUUAACUCCUUCGAACAGCGACAAACAGUUUUUUCACUUCAUUUGAUUCGCGGACAGAAAUAGAUCACAAUCGAAUCUAGCCAGGCUGCAAGCGUGAACGCCGAUCUAUCAUCAUCGGGGUCAAUUCGUGGAGCUUGUUGACGCUUCCGCGCAGCCCCUUGACUUCCGUCCACUGAAGAAAGUGACAGAUUUUCAACCUCGCGUGAUGAUCUGAUCAAGAUACGUAUUUAUGCACUCAAUUCAGCACCAGUGUCUGUUAUUGACAGCUUAUUUAGCAAGUGACGGUGGAGAAGGGAAUGGGUUUCAAUUCCAGACGAUAUAAAUUACAUUUUCGCAAAACAGGACAAGCCAGCAUGCAGUUAUCGUGUAUAAUUCAGCACGACAGGAAAUAUAUAUCUCCGGAGUAUAUGUUGUACGGUGACUGAAUUUAUUAUGCGAUUCAUGAACAGUGAACCAUUAAGCGAAACCCAACUGGAGAACACCUUCUGCACAACGAGGACUCCAUUCACAAUCUGUCACUCAAAGGACGGAUUGCAGUCAGUAAACUAGUCAAGAGACGCCGAUGCUGAUGUGGUUAAUUUGGGUCAUUGUUCAAACUACAUACUCGUUAAUAUUGUGUUAAUAUUAUUCCAUCGUUUGUAUUAUUCGGUGGUGUGUAAUACGUUUUAAAAACAAAAAGAACUAUUUUAACAGUCACUCACUAAACGUGCACAGAAUUGUAAAAAGUUGUCAAAUCAAGGCGUUCUUGUGGCAUAUCAAAUCUACAAAAGGGUCGACGACGUGUUGAAACAAACUAGCUGCACGUGAAGAGUGCAGCAUGGAAAGUGGGCAAUAACACGUGCAGGUGCAUGCACUUAAAUAUUAUUGUGCGUUUGUUCAUACGUACGUACAUGUGUACAUUUCAAUGCAAAAAGGGUGAUAUUUUGCAGCUAUAGUGCAUCAGAAAUUGAACUGGACCACGCAGUUGUGGGUGGAUGCAAAUUUCAUCUGAGUCCGAAGAUUCUCAAUGCUGUUGGAGUGAAUAUGAUCCAGCAAACCUUACACUUUGGACACCUUUGAAGUGAAGCUGGAGACAUGUGGUCCGUGAUUAUUGCAGCAGACUUGCUCCAACUGCCCGACUACAAACCUAGUACAUCACCAUCGUCACUCCCUUUGUAAUUCUUGGUUCGAAAUCUCACCCACCAAAGCAAUUAGUUCCCCAGUCGAGGUAGAGCAAGAAGUGUGGACAUCAUGUUGUUCAGGAACCACAGUCUUUUGAAUCUCCUCCACCUAAUCACCAUUCUGUCAGGAAUGGUGGCCCAUGUCACCCCCAAGUGUUUGGAGCAUAUCAAAGAUGUCACUCCGAAGAGAUUUUUCCAAAUAGAAAAUGAUAUUCUCAACAUUACGCUCGAAACUUCUUCCGAUAUUGGUCACCAACUGGUGACACAAGCUUUUGCCAUAUUUUUACGAGAGGUGUUAAAGUAUGAUUCAGUCAAUAUUGUCACAUACACGGAUCACUUCAACAUCAACUCCUCCUCCCAAAUUUUGCAACGACUUUCUGGGAUGGACCUCCUCGACAACGGAGCUGCCCUGCUCUCCAACAGUCGAGCUCCAGAGUCGCAGAUUAAUCUGGGAGUUUGGUUCCCUUCAGAGUGGGAGUUGGAGCGAUGGAAUUCUCCAGGCCUCUUGGAAAACUGCGGCCAACUUGGAUUCCAAGGAAGGUUUGGGUGGUAUAUUCCGCGGAUGAGUGUGGUGGACGAGAAUCCCAUGUUGGAUUAUUGGAGGACAUUUAAAAGCAAUGACAACCUGAUUGACCUGUUUUCCCUGGACGACGAGGACUACACGACGGCCACCACACACCACGCCUGGAACGCACAAACCGAACGGUUUUUCUGCCAAGAAUCGUUCUGCACUAAUGGAAUGUUCACUCCACCAAACCUGUGCCAAGAAGGGCGCAGAGGAGGACGAAAAUGUGCAAUUUUGUUGGCCUCGUACCCAGAGUCGUCAAUGUUCCUCCCCGAGCAAAUCACGCAGCUUGGCCUUCGUGUUCAAGUGUUGUGGCUCGGACCCAACUUGGACUUCUUUGUGAAGAGUUUGGUGGCAAAGUACGAGUUAAGAUCUGGGAACCGGAGACGAGCGGUGAUGUUUUUUAGCUGGAAGCCGAUGGUACUCACGCUGGAAUUCGACACCAUUAGCGUAGCCUUUCCACCCUGUGACCAUGACCAGUUUUGCUACGAGUCUCGGAGUCUGGAGAAAGUCGUGAGCUCCAAGUUGAAAGAGGGUGCCAAAACUGCAUACGAAGCCGUUCACCGACUGUCCUUUUCUUAUGAAGAGUACACCCAGCUUCUCAAGUUCUACAUGGACAAGACAGCUCGGGACAAUGAAAACUUCGUUAUUGAAACGGGUGGAGGAAGCGUCAUGGGAGAAGGGAUUAGUCCAAAUCCCACUGAUGUUAGCUUGCGAAGAGACCCUCAACUCGCAGCGGAACAAGUGGCUUGUGCUUGGAUGAAAAUUAGCGAACAUAUUUGGGAAGCCUGGAAGCCAAAGGAAGGAAAUGGCAAAAUCCCUCUCUUCAUCGGUGGCAUCUUCCCCAUUACGGGAACCUAUACUGCGAGGGGGAUUCUUAUAGCUGCCCAAAUGGCUGCUCAAGCUAUCAACAGAAACAACAGCGUCUUAAGUGACUAUGAUCUCAGAAUGCAUGUUUAUGACGGCCAGUGUCGAACUGAUAAAGUUAUGAAGAGCUUCAUUGACUACAUUCGACUCAGCAGUUUUCCGCAUAUGGCAGGGAUUCUUGGUCCUGCUUGCAGCGACACCGCUGAACCAUUGGCAGGUGUUGCAACUCAUUUUAAAACUGUGGUGAUAAGUUACUCUGCUGAAGGGUCCAGCUUUUCGGAUCGAGAAAAGUAUCCAUAUUUUUUCAGAACGAUUGGAGAGAACAAGCAGUAUCAAUUUGUGUACCUUUUGUUGUUUCAACACUUGGGCUGGACACGGGUCGCUUCGUUGACAGAAGAAGGUCAAAAGUAUGCUGAAUACGUGUCCCACCUUCAAGACUUACUUCAAGAACAUAAAAUUGCAUUUGUGGCAAAUAGAAAAUUUCCAAAGGACCGACCCGCAUUGAACAUGUCACAGUAUUUACAAGAUCUGAAAAGCAAAAAAGCCAAAAUUAUUAUUGGAGACUUUUAUGAUCACGCUGCCCGAGCUGUUAUGUGCGAAGCUUAUCAUCAAAAAAUGACGGCAAAAGAGGGAUUUGUCUGGUUCCUUCCGGUCUGGUUUAUGCGGGAUUGGUAUGAUACCGAUAAACACAACUUUCAAACUGACAAGGAACCAAUUCCCUGCACAACAGCAGAAAUGAUUCAGGCCAUCAAUGGGCAUUUGUCUCUUCAGUACGCAUAUUACGCUCCAGAGAACCAAGUUAUGCAGGAAAACAUCACUGUUUCAGCUUGGAAGACGAAAUAUGAACACAAUUGUGAACAGAAAAACGUAGACUUUUCGGAUUACGCUGGGUUUGCAUAUGAUGCGAUGUGGACGUAUGCUUUUGCAUUGGAAAAAUUGCUCAAGCAGAACCAUUCUCACAUAACGAACCUUCACUCUGAAAAGACAACCAACACAUUUGUCAAAAUUAUAAAUGAGACGGACUUUUAUGGUGUUUCUGGUCACAUACGAUUCAUAGGAGGACCAUCCCGGGUAUCCACCAUUAACAUUGUUCAGUGGUUGGAUCGAAAAACGAAUCUUGUCGGUUAUUUCAAUCCAAAUACGUCUUCAGCCUCAAAUACCAUCGUUGGUGGAGUGUUGGAACUCAAUGCAUCUGCAAUAAAAUGGUUCACCCCGGACGGGAACGUUCCCCCCGAUGGUUCAGAACCCCCGCCUCAGUGCGUCCUCGAAACCUUGGCGAACGCUCUGGACGUAACUUGCGAAGUGGCCAUCGUCAUAGCCAACAUUAUUGGUUUCACGAUUCUAGGAUUUGUGUUGGUCGUAUGCUUUGUCAUCAUAAAGAGGCGGUAUGACAAAAAGGUUCAGAUGACUGAAGACUAUUUCAAAGCUCUGGGCAUCGACAUUCUCUCGGCCACCAGCGUAUUUGCCCUGGACAAGUGGGAAAUUCCGCGAGAUCGGGUUGUCAUAAACAGAAAGCUGGGCGAAGGGUGUUUUGGAACCGUUUACGGUGGCGAAUGUUUCUUUGAUGACAAUGGCGGAUGGGUUGCUGUUGCUGUGAAGACUCUGAAAGUGGGGUCAACAUGCGAGCAAAAAUUAGACUUCCUUUCGGAGGCGGAAGUAAUGAAGAGAUUUGAGCACAAAAAUAUUGUGAAACUUUUGGGCGUUUGUACUAAAAAUGAACCCGUGUACACGGUGAUGGAAUUCAUGCUGUACGGCGAUUUGAAAACGUAUCUCCUUGCCCGUCGGCAUCUAGUCAAUGAGAAGAAUUGCGAAGAAUCUGAUGAGAUUUCUAGUCGAAGGUUGACUUCAAUGGCUCUCGACGUCGCGAGAGCCCUGAGCUACCUGGCUGAACUUAAAUAUGUUCACAGGGAUGUUGCAUGUCGCAACUGUCUUGUAAACGCCAGCCGUGUCGUGAAAUUGGGUGACUUUGGAAUGACAAGGGCGAUGUAUGAAAAUGAUUACUACCGAUUUAACCGAAAAGGAAUGUUGCCUGUAAGAUGGAUGAGUCCAGAAUCCUUGGCUUUGGGUAUUUUCACUCCUGCUUCAGAUGUUUGGUCGUAUGGAAUUCUGAUUUACGAGAUACUCAGUUUUGGCAGUUUCCCUUUCCAAGGGAAAUCCAACAACGAGGUACUGGAAUUUGUGAAAUCGGGGAACACUGUUACCAUUCCCACCGGAGUUGGUGCAAAGCUGGAGCAGUUGUUAAAAAGUUGUUGGCAGUUGGAUGCCCAAAAACGACCACACAGCGCAGAAAUUGUUGAAUUUCUGGCGAAUAAUCCUAGAAUAGUGUCACCUUGUUUGGAUAUUCCAUUGGCUUCAGUUCAGUUGGAAGGAACGGGUCAACUUGAGAUUUCGAUGCCCCACAGACCCAAGCCUACCAGCAAUGGUGGAGCGACGCGGAGCAGUAACGGUGGAAAUAGAGUCGCCAAAACUGUCCGAACCGGAGGUGACAGAGAUCCGACAGGAAAUAAUAGUCGCCACUUAUUCGAAGAGAACAUUCCAUUGACAACGCCCAAAAAUUCCAGUCACAACAGUAGUAAUCACAACAGCAACAGUAGUGCUUACGUCUCUUUGCACCAUGAUCCAAAGGCACUAGAUGGAGAACUGAUUUGAAAACAAACUCGUCAAUUUGAAACUGUUUCUACUAUUAAUACACGCAUCGUGUAUGGUUGGGUUGAGGGAGCUAGAUAGUGGAGGUAGGCGUGUGAAACUUGCAAGAAAAGCAUAAGUCAACGGAAAUAGAUGGAAUUGCCGAACAGUGACAUGGAUCACCUAAUGUGACAUUAUUGACAUGGGUGAAGUAAUCUCAGUGAUAUUAUUAUUAUAUACGUAAUACGAACUCAACGAACUAAGUCCCAAAACCAUUUUGUUACAUACGUUUACGUAUACACUACAAUUACUUAAACAUGAAACGCGAGAUGCGUCUUCACAAAUGGGUAGCGUGGUAAUAAUUGUUAAAAAACCAUGUGCUUAUGUUUGUAUUUAAAAUACACGUAUUUACAAUCACGUUAUGAGACAAUUGGAGAACAGGUCAUAUUCAUUCGGAGGAUUGGAUAGAAGUGGGGUUAACCAAAUUUCAUACCCAUUUUCUAUGUGUAUACAUUUUCUGUAAUUAUUUCCUAAAAGUUGAGCAACAACUUGAGGUACCUUUGAGCAGUGAUCUUGUUAUUUAAUGAGCUUUUUGUAACUUUGUAACUGUUGCAGUGAAGGACAUACUUGUCCCACAGAAACUGAACAUGUGUAAUCUGCGUAGUCAUGUCUUACGUAGUCUUAGGUAUUCUUCUUAUCCACAUAUUUGUGCAGAGUUUAGCCAGUGCGGAAUGGUGAUAUUUUCACAUUAAAAGAGGGGUUUAAUAGUAGAGAAGUGUUUGAUACAUAUGUACGUUUAGGUCAAGGGUGAACUGUACUCCUUACUCAAUCUCAAACAUAUAGAACUUUGUGUAUCCUUAGUCAUUAGUCUGAUAGAUAAAUGGAUGUGAGCCAGAGAUACGCAUACCAAAGGUUAAAAGUUAAGCUGUUUAUCGUCAGUAAUCAUCCUUGAUUGAAGUAUAAAGAGGCAAAAUACGUAUCCAGACCGUGAUCAUAUUAUAUGUUUGAGUGAACCUAUAUUUAAGUGAUACAUUUUGAAUCCAAUCCAUCCUUCAGUACGUACCUUUCACAAAGGUUUUAACGACUCGUUUUAUUUCCAAACUAGGUGUUUCACUUUACAAGAAAUAAGUAUAAACAAAUGUCUUACAUAAACUAUUCAGAAUACGUACAUAUUUAUAUUUACAGAUAUAUAUUUCCAGUGUGUGUCAGUGUCUGUGUAUUGUUUGCUUAUAUAUUUAUAUUUGUUAACUUUUGGAGUCAAACUUAUGUAUGGCACAUACUCAACAAACAACAAUACGUACCUUAAUUAUCUCAAAGUUAUAUACUCCUCUUCUGGUACUACUACAAAUAUGUCAUACUAGCAGGUGGCUACAUUGUUGCCAAAAAUGACAUUAUUUUGAUAACAUGAUGAUCUGAAAAUAAGUUUUGAAUUCUGCAACUCACUGUAUUUAAUUAAUACUAAGAAAUAUAUAUUGGAGCAAAUGUAAGCUA